UUGAAGUGUCUGUGGAUGAAGUCUGAUAUCGACUCUUGCACAAGUCUUCUUGGUGAUUGUGAAAAUUCAAACACAGACCCAGCCCACCUCCAGAAACAGAUAAAAGGGAAUGCCUGGAGCCGUGGAGCCAGAGAAGACCGUGCUCACUUCUCUCGGCACCCGUCCCUCCACAGCACCGCUCCGUUGGUCCUUCUGCUCAUCUCGGCUUUGCCUCGCUCGGAAGCAGCGGCCAUGUCUCGGCAGUCCAUCUGCAGAAGCUUCGGAGGCGGCAGCAGGAGGGGAUACAGCUCUUGCUCGGCCAUCGGCGGCGGCUUCGGAGGAAGCGGCGGCAGGACCAGGAUCAGCUACAGCUCCUUCUCCACGUCCCGGGGGACGGGAGGCAGCGGGCGCUGCGGAGCUUUCAGCAGCAGGAGCCUCCACAACUUGGGUGGCGGCGCAAGGAUUUCCAUGGGUGGCUCUUACGGCGGCGGAUAUGGAUGUAGAAUCGGUGGCUUCGGUGGAGGUUACGGAGGAGGAUUUGGCAGCGUUGGUGGAGGUGUCAUUGGUGGAGGAAUAGGCAGCUUCGGUGGCCCCGUGAGAGGUGGCCCCGGCUUCCCGGGAGGCAUCCAGCCGGUGCAGGUGGACCAGACCCUCCUGCGGCCGGUCCGUGUCGACAUCGACCCCCAGAUCCAGCAAGUGAAAUGCCAGGAGAAGGAGCAGAUCAAGACCCUCAACAACCAGUUUGCCUCCUUCAUCGACAAGGUCCGGUUCCUGGAGCAGCAGAACAAGGUCCUCUCCACCAAGUGGGAGCUGCUGCAGCAGCAAGGGCCCGCGGGGCCCAGGAAGAACCUGGACGCCAUCUUCGAGAACUACAUCCAGAACCUGCGGAGGAGGCUGGAGUCCCUGCUGGGCCAGAGGGGCCAGCUGGAGUCGGAGCUGCAGAACAUGCGGCAAUACGUGGAGGAGUACAAAACCAAGUAUGAAGAAGAGAUCAACAGGCGCACAGCUGCUGAGAACGAGUUCGUGGUGCUCAAGAAGGACGUGGACUGUGCCUACAUGACUAAAGUAGAGUUGGAAGCCAGGGUGGGAGCUCUGACGGAUGAAAUCAGCUUCCUGAGGUGCAUCUAUGAGGAGGAGCUGGCUCAGAUGCAGACGAUCAGCCGGGACCUGUCGGUGGUGGUGUCCAUGGACAACAACCGCCACCUGGACCUGGACAGCAUCAUCGAGGACGUGAGGCGGCAGUACGAGCAGAUCGCGCAGAACAGCCGGGCCGAGGCCGAGGCGUGGUACCAGAGCCGGUAUGAAGAGCUGCAGAACACUGCUGGAAGACAUGGCGACAGCCUCCGCAACACCAAGAUCGAGAUCCAAGAGCUCACCAGGAACGUCCAGAGGCUGCGGGCGGAGAUCGAGAACGUGAAGAAGCAGAACCAGCAUCUGCAGUCGGCGAUUGCCGAGGCCGAGGAGCGGGGAGAAAUAGCCCUCAAAGAUGCCAGGAGGAAGCUGGAGGAGCUGGAAUGUGCCAUGAGCAAAGACAAGGAGGAGCUGGCUCGCCUGCUGAAGGAGUACCAGGAGCUGCUGAACAUCAAGAUCGCGCUGGACGUGGAGAUCGCCAUGUACAGGAAGCUGCUGGAGGGAGAGGAGAACAGGCUCUGUGGAGACAACCCGUCCAACGUCAAUGUCUCUGUGGUUGGCAGAACCACCAUCGCCAGCGGCAGAGCCGGUGGCUUCGGAGCCGGCGGUGCCGCGGGAGGAGGAGUGUGCGCCGUGGGGGGAGGAAGCGUCAUCGGGGGCAGCUGCGGCAUGGGAGGAGGAAUCCUCAGCGGCGGCUUCUCCUCUGGGAGUGGAAGGAUCUGCAGCUCCGGAGGAGGAAACUUCGUGUCCGGGGGCAGCUCCUCGGUGCGGAGAUGUGUCACAACCACCACGGUCAAGUCUUCGGGGGUGAAGUACUGAGCGCUGACCGCGGUCCCUCCGAGGAAAGCAGCGUCUCCUCCAGCCAGCAGCGCAGCCCCGUCCGUCCCGAGCCCAGCAGAGGAACAAACUGUUUCCCCCAUAGCUCCCACCCUCCCUAAACCCUCCUGCCCGGGGGAGGUUUGCGGGUAACCACGGUCCGUCAGCAAAGCUCCUCGCCGAGCCGCGCCGGCCUCCGGGCUGGAAGAUCUUCCUCCCGUGGGUACCGGGGACACCUCCCGCUGCCGCGGCCACGCUGCCGGGGGGGAGGGUGAUCGAACCGCUCUUUCCUUUCACCUCUUAGGGUCUGUUUUUCAACAGCCGCAUUUCCCUCGCACCUCCGCGCGUCCUGCACGUUACCCACAUGCUUGUUUCAGCUACAUGAGGGGUUCGCGUACGCAGAAGCGAUGUGAUAAUGUCUCAUGGUCAGAUUUGGGAGGGAGAGACAGGUCUCUGGAGAUGUCCACCUUCCUUCGGUGGAGUCAUUUGGCAGCUUCGAUAUUUUAUAGAUUCCUUUCCCUCUCCUCCUUCACACCUGACGCAUGUACAGCCUUAUUGCAAACGCUCUGCUGCGCGAGCCCUGCUGCACGGCUGCUUUCCACAGCGCCCCUUUCCCGCCAGUUCCUUCAUUACCAAUAAAGUGCAGAGAGAUGAAAA